ACCGAAAAGGGGAAUUUCACGAUCGAUUUGUUGCCCGAAGACGCGCCUUUGACGGUCGAUAAUUUCAUUAAAUUGGCGAAAUCCAAUUAUUUUAACGGUCUUGCGGUUCACCGCGUCGUGCCGAAUUUCGUGAUGCAGGACGGCGAUCCGCGCGGCGACGGAAACGGCGGUCCGGGCUGGCAGAUUCGGUGCGAAGUAAAUAUGCGGGAAUAUGAACGCGGCGCGGUCGGAAUGGCACUUUCGGGCAAAGAUACGGGCGGUUCGCAAUGGUUCGUCACGCACAGCCCGCAACCGCAUCUUGACGGCGGCUACACGGUUUUCGGAAAAGUG